GUGUAUGCAAAGUACUUCCAGACACACCACAGCUGUUGAGCAAGGGCGAUAGCCAGCCGCGUUAUCACAGCACACCUCCGAUAACGCCAACACGGCAACACACGCAGCGUUAUCAUCCCUGCCACGGUAUGGUACGGCAGCUGAUGACAGUAUUAAUGUGGUUACCAGCCAAGAUUUCUCCUCAGUGGAAGGUCAGGCUCUGGGUGGCAGGCAGAAGGAGGGAGAGAGGAGAGAGGAACACAACUGGGGAAGUUUUGAGAUUUUUUUUGGACGCAACUGACGUUAAACAGAGGCCCCCACAAAUAGUAUGGAGAUGACCUCAGCCACUCGCUUCAGACCGGAAAAUUCGGCCUCAUCUCCAACACCAGAUCUCCAUCAUGCCGUGACCUCGGAUGACCCCUUUCGCGACCUGGAAAGGAAGAAGGUCGUGAUCCUGGGGAGCGGGGACAUGAGUCUGGCCUUGUCCCUGGCCAUGAGGAGAGCGGGGAUGCAGCCCGUGGUGGGGAGCAGGACGCCGGAGAGUGCGAGGAUUCGCCUAAGAUCAACGGGGGUGCAGGUGAAGACCCUGGCGGAGGCGCUGAAGGAGGAGAGACCCCCUGGCAGCUCCCGACAGCCCGAGAGCGUAGCGGAGCGCCUGCAGGAGUGCCUUCCGGAGAGCCACGUCGUCAAGGCCUUCAACACGCUGUCCGCCUUCGCCCUCCAGCAGGGGGACGUCGGGGGCAGCAAGGAGGUCCCUAUUAGCAGCGACAACGACCGAGCCAUCCGCCUUGUGUCUGACCUCGUGCGAAAUAUGGGGUUUUCACCCCGUAGACUUCGGCGCGCUGAGGACGGCUCGUGA